AUGGCUCCCGGCCGCACACAUGCCUCACCGGUCCCCACCUCUUCACGGUUCCUCGCCCUCGCCCUCGCCAUAGCAUUCGCCCUCACAUCCACCCAGCGCUCGAUCCCUUUCGCAGCAGCACAGCCUAUCUCGACAAACACUCCUGUUCCUCCUCUUCAAUGGCUCAACCUCACCUCGCUCCUUCAGGGCGCCCCUCCACCUGCUCUCAAAUAUUCCUCGAUAGGCUACGACUCGACCACUGACAAUGUGAUCAUCUUCGGAGGGCAGUCCUCAAGCGGCGUCGCAACCUCUGAAACAUUCCUCCUCAACCUUGGCACUUUGACGUGGACAACCCCCACUCCCCAGUCGGACCUCCCCCAGGGCCCUCCUCCGGCCCGGUAUAUGGCUGUCGGCGGCGAGGAUUUCUCAUCCAGCUAUCGCCAUGCUCAUCUCGUCAUGGGCGGCAAAGAUGUUAACGGGGAUGCAUUAUCUGACGUUUGGGAAUUCGACUUCAUCAACCAGUUCUGGUCAGAAGUCAAUCUUUCCCCUGGCGGGCCUUCUCCGCGCUGGAGUGCAUCUGGCGGACGAGAUUUCAGAGUUGCUUAUGAUGCCGCAUCCACCAACAACACUUUCUACUUGGCUGGCGGCACAGAUGGAACUCAGAUGUUUCCUUUAUCCGACGUGUGGGAACUUAGUGUUUCCGGAGCACUCUCUGCCAAUUUGGCGAACUCAGUUACAGGAAGCUGGAAGAGUAUAUCUCCGAUUGGCUCGCAGGGUGUAAACACAAAUCAAGCUUCGACUGUUGUCUCUAGCUCAAUUAUUUCUGUCAGCGGCUGCAACACUACGGAUGCCUCGAGCGACGCUUGCGCUGAGGGUAACUCUUAUCUCAUCAAUACCCAAGCUGCUUCGGAAGUUGCGGUCCCUGCUUGUCCGGCUCCAAGGUAUGGUGGAGCUCUAGUCGCCAACAUGGUCGGCUCUUCUUCAGCUUUUCCCUCCCAAGCGUUUCUUCUCCUUGGUACAUUUAACUCGUCGGAGUGGGAUGACCAAGGCGGUCUUGAGCGGGGCGAAGUUGCCGUUUUAGAUUAUGGGGCUGCUUCUUGGUCUCGUAUUCUUCCGGCCGGCGAUCCUGGGCAAUCUGGAACUCCCACGUACCCCACGCCUCGUGAAGGUGCCGUGGCCUUGUCCUUCCCAUCGGCUCUGGUGGGCAACGACCAGUCUGUGGGGUCAGACACCAUCGUCUUUGGAGGGGAGACUGAAACUGGCGAAUACUUGAGCGAAGUCUGGGUGUUGCGCGCAUACAACGCAUCUAUCAGCCAAACAAAUGCGAGCUGGGGAGCUCCCGACGGCGACUUGCAGACUGGUGUCAAUGCGAAUGGUGCCGGAGUCACGGUCCAGUACAUGAACCAGUGUGCAGUCAGUCUAAUGCCCUCGACGACGUCGCCGAAUCCCGCCUCAAGCCCAGGUGCAUCUGGUCAGACUGAUACGUACGACGUCUCCGUUACGCACAAGGUUCUAGCACCCGUUUCCAUUGCCCUCCUCUUUCCUGCAAUCCUUGUAGGGCGCUUAGCACUGCCGUCAGGCCAAAACGGACAAUCAGCCCGACGCAACACUAUCUUGGUUUACUCAUCCGUGCUGAUACUAGCCUCUGCUUAUGGCAUCGGUGUUAUUGGGCUCAUCUUCUCAUUCACUUCCAUCUCUUCGCUGAUGAACGUCAUGAAACGCUCUGUCUCGUCCAACUUAACUCUUCAAACAGCACAUGGCAUUGCCGGACUCGUACUCUUUAUAGCUCUCUAUGGAUUCGUUCCAGUCCUUUACCUUGUAUCGCUGUACUCAUCCCCGCGUGCGGUGCCUGAGGUCAAGGUAGACGACUACAACAAUGAUCCUUCAGGAUCCCGCGGGACUUCCACCGAGCAUCACGAAAAGCUCGCGAGCCCAUCCAAUCCCUCAACCCCGCCGCAAUAUCCUCCGACGCCUACCUCGCCUCGCGCUAGGUUGCAUUCGUGGGGUGGUACGAGCUUCUGGCAAGGACGUACGAGCCAUGAAGGCCGAAGAUCUGUCGAAAGUGAAGCACCUGGUUCCUCAUCGACGCCUCACAAGGGUUUCGAAGUUGUAAACCGACCCGCUCGGACAAGACGUGCCAGCACGAACGGUUUCUCCGAUGCCUAUCAACGUGUGCCAGUUCUUCCCAGGAGCAUCGGCGAGGUCAACUGGCAUGACGGACGUCGAAGCUUGAACGCCGUGAACGAGCUUGACCAUGCAGGGGGUAGCCAUUCGCACUACGCCUCCAAUGCCCCAAGUCCAGGUCCAACCGACAUCUUGAGCACGCGCACCUUGAUGCACCACCACUCUGCCAUCCCCCAAGUUACAUACGAAUUUCCUUCGACGUUUGAUCUUUGCUUGCACAUAACUUAUCAUGCCCUCGUUUUCGCUCUCUCUGUACUAUCGCUGUUUGCCCUCUGGUACCGCGCCCCAACAGCCGCAUUCGCCGUGUUCCUAGUGUGGACCGUUCUUUUCUACUGCGCCGUCUUUGCGCUGGCUUGGAACGGUCGGCCACGGAGAUCCGCAUUGACAACCAUUCUAGCGAGGCUGAGGGUGGAUCCAUCGCAACAACAUGCUCAUGCGCACGAAGGAUCGGGGGAGGCGCCAGGAUCCAGAUCAAUGUCUGUGAAUGGACUCGAUCAGUAUCCUUUCCCGUCCGAUAGCCGAGGCCCAUACAUGCACCACCCACCAUAUCGACAUUCGUACCGUGACGACGUGUCGACGACCCUUGGCGGGCCCCGUAGUACAGAGACCGAUGAGGAGGAGGAUGGAGAGGAUGACGAGACGAGGCAGCGACGAAUAGAAGAGGAGAUGGGUAGACGGGAUGUAUCCAUCGUUACAGUUCCGAAGCGUCGUCUGUGGAUUACGAAUCCGUCAUGAUGGCAUUAACUACGUUGAUGCCUUUGUUUCACCAGCGUUCGUUCGUUUUUUUUGUUGCUUUUUGCGCGCAUGCUGCGCGCUCUGCAUUUCUCUUUCUCUCUAGGAUUACCACAUCUCACAGGCAUAAUUGAUACCAUCGCCACUCAUGGAGCACAUACUUUUGCAACCGUUCAAAUUCAUGGUAUAUCAGAUCGUUUCGGACAGCCACUAUCUCGACCGCUGACAUAUGUAUGAGCGCUUCUUCCUACGGACAUUAGAUAAUAUUAUAGGUAUAGUGUAGUGCGAGUUGAUGACCGAUGCGACCGUCCCCGUGGUAUAAGAAAAGAAAGCUUACGGUAGACAAAGAUAAGAUGUAUACCCUCUUCAGACUUCUGAGCCUUCCACCGCAACAUCCCGACGCCACUUGUCCACCCUCCCAAACUUUGUUGGAUCCUGGAUGGGAGGUGGAGAAGGCAUGGGCGCCGGAGGGGCCAUCAUCAUGGGAGAUGCCAUAGGAGGAGCAAAGAAGCCAGAAGCCAUCAUCUGGGGUCCGCCAAAGAAGACGCUGUUUUGCCACUGCUGCUGCAUCAUGAGUUGCUGCUGCUGCUGCUGCUGCUGCUGCGCUUGCAUAAACACAGUGCGGCGCUGCUGUUCUGGAUGGAAAGCCAGCGGCUGGUCGUCGUCGCCGCCGGCGCCGGCGGAUGCAGACGGGGGCACAUGGGACAUGCGGAGGCCUAGCGGCUUAUCAUCGUCCUCAGCGUCCGCUGACUUGGUGCGAGAGAGGUUGUCAAAGUCUAUGCUGGGAAGGCCUAGUUUGACUUUGUCGAGGACAGAAGCGAGGGGUUUGUCUUCUUCGUCGCUGUCGGGCGCAAGGACAGGUUUCAUUGUUAUACGUUGGGCCGCGGCUGCGAGGGGUAAAUCCUCAUCGCUGUCGUCGGCUGCAGCAGGUUGAGCAUGCGAAGGUCUGCGCUUGCUAGGAUAUCUGAGGCCGACACCAGUCGUCUUUCGCGGGCCAUCUUCGUCUUCGUCGGAUGAAUUCGCCACCCAGCGGUCGGCAGCCCUUUCGCUCGCACCCCUCUCCCGCGGUGCAUCGUCGUCGCUGGCUUCACUCGCGGUUUCGUCGUCGUCAUCAACAGGCGGAGAUCCCGAGAGCAACGGCUUUGAAAUAACAGGCAACACGGGAGGAGCUUCGCUGACCCGGGGCUCUGCGACCUGCUCUUCUUCCGGUACUAUAGAUGGAGUCUCGACAGUCGGGAUAACAGGUUCUUCCACCGCUUUCAAUUUAUCUUUGCCCUUCUUCUUCUUCUUCUUGCGGCCCGCUUCCUCAGCGGCCCUUCGUUCCGCCUCCUCAGCAUUAAGUCUCUCCUGAGCUUCCAUCUCCUUGAGUUUCUCGAGUUCACGCUCCCACACGGUGUCAACACCAAAAACAGACCGACUGGCGGACACGUAUGGCCGAGCACCUGGUGCUUGGCCGGGAUGAAGCAGCGAAGCCUUGUUGGCCAUACCAUUGACAUUCGACGGGAGCUUGCCCAAGGAUGUGGGAUCUAUGAAUGUCUCUGUGCGACGCAAUUGACCCCUCGCCAUCAUAGACGGACGGUCGUCGCCAGUAAAUACACGAUUCUUGGACUUCAUGUUCGCUUUCUUGUCUUCAAGGUUGUCGAUGAGACUCCUACCGUACAGUUUUCCAGCAGGGCGCCUGACCUCUUCCUCAGAUCCCAACGCAGAUAACUGAGGCCUGAAUUCAGGUUCGAGUUCGGGCUCCAAUUCUUCUUCGGGAUAGUCAAAGGUAGCUUGUUCGCCCUCCUCGGUAGCGCGAGGGAGAACACGAUCGAUGUCCGCGUACGCUACGUCCCUCUUGCCGCCCACCAUAAGAGUAUUGCGGAAGGCAAGCUGCGAUAAUGUGAGAGUAGCACGGGGAUUUGGAGUGAAUGGAUUUGCUGAGGACGGUACAAAUUUGUUAGACGCGUAGGUGGACAUGUAGGUAGAUGAGCGUUUUCCCGAGCGUGCUUGAUCAGGAACAGGAGGACCGCUAGAGGAUAACUGGAAACCCGGACGUGCUUUGGGAGGAGACGGUGGCCGAGGGCCAGCUACUGGCUGGACUUGCUGCAAGGGACUGGGCAUUACAAGGACCUUUGGCCUGAGUAACUCUACGUUUGACAGCGGCCGUUCGAAACGAGAUUGACCAUCGACAUCAUUGUCCAGCAAGGCUCGAGUGCCCAUUGAUGCGAUGGACAUGGUGCGAUCUCUGACCUUGGGAUCAAAGCGAGACGAACGAGACGGAGAAGGCGGCCUGAUGGCGAAUGUAUCCUCGUUCGCCAGGAGGUCGCGAGAGGCCAUAGUCCCCAUGGUAGCAUUAGACAUGGUACGAGCGCGCGCCUUGGGAUCAAAGCGAGAGGAACGAGAAGGAGAAGGAGGCCGAACUGCGAAGGGGUUCCCCUCUGCUUCGCCUGCCCCUGUAAUGAGGUCCCGUGAAUUCAUGCUCCCCAUAGUUGCAAUGGACGUAGUUCUGCCCUGGUGCUGGGGGCGUGACCGUGACGAUGAUCGGACGCCGUAGGGGUCGCUGUCAUCUCCAUGUUUAUUAGGAGGUGCUUCGCCCAUCUCGAGGUUUCCACUGGAGUAGCUUCUGGCGCGGUUAGUUUGCAGAUCCAGUCUGGAUGAACGCGAACUGGGCCGCAAUCCUUCCUCCGGCCCUGGGGAGAGGGAGCGCACGGAACCGGAGGGGAAAGGGACAGCAUGCAAGGGCGGCGUUACAGGCAGCGAAUCUAUGAGGGCGUGCGAUGAAGCCCUGCGCCGAUGCUCUGGACGUUGGGCAUCUACAUGCUCCAAAUUAGCAGAUGAGCGGCCACUGCCCUUCUGUUCCUCAGAGUCCAAGAAUGCGCCACCAACACCGAAGUCGCUCAGAGCGCCGACGCUCAUGGCUCUUCCUCCUCGAGAACGAUGGCUGUCCAUGAUCACAUUGGGACCUCUGGCUAGUUCGGGGUGAGGAUUGGGGAGGAUUUCAGACCUGGCCUUUGCCUUCGCCUUGCCCUUGUCCUUGUCCUUGGAUAUGAGGGCAUCGAGUCCCCAGGAGGAGAGAUCUACUUCGACAUCCCCGCCUAUAUGCUCUAUCUCUUCCUCUUCAUCCUCGUCUGGGGCGCCAAAAGGGUUUCGUAGUGCAUUGAUCGAGCUGCGAGAGCGCCUGGUGCCAGAGCCGGAUUCACUGGGGACCGACACGCCAAGGUAGUCUGUGCUCUUUCUUCCUUCCGACUGUCCAGCCGCUGUAGCACCGGUGGAGCGAGGGUCUUGGAAUCUGCGAAGAUGAACAAACAAGGCACUCUCAUGCGCUGAGCGGUACGGUGCUUCAGGAUCCGUUGGAUCGUUGUCAUAUUCAAGGAGGGCUGCAGCGAGCUGCAGUCGAGAGAAGGGGGCUGC